ACACACCACUCCUCUAUUGGGAGCGACCGUUACAGACUGUAAGCAAAAAUCGUCGACUUGCAUUGACAUUUGAAACCGUUGAUUUGGCCAUUUGGGUACAUUCGUUUCUUCCAAAGUUUAACCGCGGGGGAAGACUUCAUUUCUUUAAAAUAUUUGUAACCCUAAAACUAGCAAUUAAGCAUGGGGUUCUUGAAUGAUCCAUGCUUAAGAAGGGCUAAUUUGAUUUUUCUCUAUUGUUGUGUUUUGUCAAGUUUUAUUCAGUCAGCUGUGGGGGUUAAGAGCAGGCAUUUUAAAUGGGACGUGGAGUAUAUGCACUGGUCUCCAGAUGGCGUGGAGCAUAUUGUUAUGGGCAUCAAUGGCCAAUUUCCAGGCCCGACUAUUAGAGCUCGGGCCGGUGACACGAUACAUGUUGAACUCACCAACAAGCUUCACACUGAAGGAGUUGUCAUUCACUGGCAUGGAAUCAGACAGUUUGGAACACCAUGGGCAGAUGGCACUGCAUCCAUCUCACAGUGUGCCAUCAAUCCUGGAGAAACAUUUGUCUACAGGUUUAAGGCUGACAAGGCGGGCACAUACUUUUAUCAUGGGCACUAUGGGAUGCAAAGAUCAGCAGGAUUAUAUGGUUCUCUGAUAGUAGAAGUAGCAGAGGGGGAGAAGGAGCCAUUUCAGUAUGAUGGAGAGUUCAAUUUAUUACUAAGUGAUUGGUGGCACAAAAGCGCUCAUGAACAAGAGGUUGACCUUUCUUCCCAGCCAAUCCGUUGGGUUGGAGAACCCCAGGUAACAAAAGUGAAUCUCACAUCUUUAACAAAACUUUUUACGCGUUUUUUAAUAGAACAGCCACCAGUAGCCCCCCGGUGGGAUGAUUAUGAGUACAGCAGGGCAUUUUCUAACAAGAUUCUUGCCCUUGAGGGUUCCCCUAAGCCACCAGCUAAACAUGACAGAAGAAUUAUUCUACUGAGCACACAAAAUCUCAUUGAUGGAUACACAAAGUGGGCAAUCAAUAACAUUUCAUUAGUCCUUCCAUCAACACCGUACUUAGGCUCGAUCCGAUACAAUAUAAGCAAAGCAUUUGAUGGAAAUAUCCCGCCAGAUCAUUUUGGGCAUGACUACGAUAUUAUGAAUCCUGCCCCGAAUAACAAUUCGAUGUAUGGAAGUGGAGUUUACAUGCUGAAUUUCAACACUACUGUGGAUGUUAUACUGCAGAAUGCCAACAUGUUGAAGCCUAAUAAUAGUGAUAUACAUCCUUGGCAUUUGCAUGGACAUGAUUUUUGGGUUUUGGGACAUGGAGAAGGGAAGUUUACUGAAAAAGAUGAGGAGAAAUUCAACUUGAAGAAUCCACCAUUAAGGAAUACAGCAGUGGUUUUUCCAUAUGGAUGGACAGCACUGAGAUUUGUGGCAGAUAAUCCUGGGGCAUGGGCAUUUCAUUGUCAUAUAGAACCCCAUUUGCAUAUGGGCAUGGGGGUAGUUUUUGCUGAAGGGGUCCAACAGGUCAAGAAAAUUCCUAAUCAAGCUCUUGCCUGUGGCUUGACAAAAAAAAUGUUCAUGAUGAAGGAUGAACACAACUGAAAUUAGCUAGAUAUAUACCAAUUUUCCUUGUUCUUGAUCUGUCCUAUAUUAAGUCUUGAAAUGGAAGUGAGGAAUUGUAUGGAUGUUAAUUAUUUCUAUCAUCAAUUAUUUGGGUGUAAGUCCAGAAAUAUACUAUUUACAAAUUCAAAGUGAAGCCCAUUUCUCGCAA